CUGUACUAUAGCCCAUAGAACAUAACGACCACUCUAGGAGCUUCUUUUAUGUCGAAAAGUCUAACAGUUGACAACAGCACAAUCAAGUUUCAAAUAUGGGAUACAGCUGGACAGGAGAGAUAUCGGUCGCUAUUACCAAUGUAUUACAGAAAUGCAGCAGCAGCCAUUGUUGUGUAUGAUAUAACAAAUGAAGGAUCAUUCACAGUGUUACAGGAUUGGAUAGCAGAACUACACAGACUAGGUCCACCUAAUAUUGUAUUAGCAAUUGCUGGAAAUAAAUGUGACCUUGAAGAUAAAAGAGAAAUUCCAGCUGAACAAGGUCAGACUUAUAUAUGCAUCAGAAGUUAAUGCCAUAUUUGGAGAGACUAGUGCCCUCACUGCUAGGAAUGUUGAGGAAAUGUUCAUUGAAAUAACUCGUAAGUUACCACCAGAUUGUUUAACUAGUUUACCAGCUGGUGCCUCUCUCUUAA